AUCUCUCGGUAUACGUGUUUGUGCGUUGUGUUUAGUCGGAUAAAAUUAAUUUCCUAUUAUAAUUAAAAAUUUUUUUUUUUAUUUUAGUGCUUAAGAGUACAUAAAAUUAAGUUAAAAUUAAAAUAAUUUAAUAAAUGCUUAAAGCAAAAUUCAUUUCAUUUUAAGUGCUUUAAAAAAUUAUAAAAUAUAAGGAAUAGGAGAAGAAAAAAAGCAAAUUUAUAACCAUACAAGCAUAAAAUUAAAAAAAAAAAAAGAAGAGAAAAAUUUUUUUUUGAGAAAAGCAAAAAAAAAAAAAACGAAUCCACCAUCAAUAAAAAAAAAAAAAUAAAAAACAAAAAAAAAGUCUGCCGCUCCCGCUGUGGAAUUAUUCGAGAAUAAUUUUUUUUUUGUUUUUCGUUCUUUUUUAAAUGAAAAAUAAUUUUUUUAAAUUAAAAAAAUUAUUGAAAAUAAAUUUUUAUCAUUAAAGAAGUGUAAAAUUAAAAUAUAAAUAAAAUUUGGAAAAAAAAGGAGAAAAAAGAGAAUUAAAAAAAAAGAGUGCUUGAAUUUUUUUUUUUUUUUUUGUAUUUGAUUAAGAAAAAAUAAAAUUUUUCAAUAUAACAGAAGAAUUCUAUUCAUUCAGAAAAUAAAAUCAUGGAAGCUGUAGCUAAGCAUGAUUUCACAGCAACCGCUGAUGAUGAAUUAAGUUUCCGUAAAGCAAAUGUUUUGAAAAUAUUAAAUAUGGAAGAUGAUAUGAAUUGGUAUCGUGCUGAAUUUGAAGGCAAAGAAGGUUUAAUUCCUAGUAAUUAUAUAGAAAUGAAAAAUCACGAUUGGUACUAUGGUAGAAUUACACGUGCUGAUGCUGAAAAGCUAUUAUCAAAUAAACAUGAUGGCGCAUUUUUAAUAAGAAUUAGUGAAUCUAGCCCAGGAGAUUUUUCACUAUCAGUCAAAUGUCCUGAUGGUGUACAGCAUUUUAAAGUUUUACGUGACGCACAAGGUAAAUUUUUCCUUUGGGUUGUUAAAUUCAAUUCAUUAAAUGAAUUAGUUGAUUAUCAUCGAACAGCUAGUGUAUCUAGAUCACAAGAUGUCAAAUUAAGAGAUAUGGUGCCAGAAGAGGUAUUGGUGCAAGCCUUAUAUGAUUUUGUGCCACAAGAAACUGGUGAAUUAGAAUUUCGAAGAGGUGAUGUUAUUACCGUUACAGAUCGAUCUGAUGAACAUUGGUGGAAUGGUGAAAUCGGUAAUCGUCGAGGUCUAUUCCCAGCAACAUAUGUAACGCCAUACCAUUCAUAAUAAAUAGAUAUUAAAAAUAUACAAUAUAUAUAAUAUACAUAUAUAAAGUAUAUAUAUAUAUAUAUAUAUAUAUAUAUAUAUAUAUAUAUAUGCAUAAAUAUUUUUAAAAUUAAUUUUGUGUUUUUCUCUUUUUUAAAUAUUUUAAGAAAAUAAGAAAGAAAAAUAAAGAUUUUUUUUUUUCCAACAAAAAAGAAAAUUAAAAUAAUAAAAAAUAACAGAAAAAUUAAACUAAAACAAAAAAAAAAGGUAACAAAUAUUAUAAAAAAUAAGAAAAAGAUUAAAAAAAUUCAAGGAAAAUCAGAUGAAAAAAAAAAAUGUUUUAUAAAAAUUUAAGGAAACAAAAUGAAUAAAAUGAAAAUAAACAGAAAAUGAUAAGGUUAUUCUUAAUUCUUUGAUAAAAAAAUAAGAAAAUUUUUUUUUUAAUUUUAUUUUAAAUAUUUUUUUUUGUUUUUGUUUAAACGUUCA